AUGACUUCAUUGGUUCACCGGCCUCGGCAAAGCCAAUGGCCGGCCAUUUCCAUGGACGAGGCUUACCAAAUACUGUUAAAAUCAGCAGAAGGAGUGGCGGUUGAGGAAAAGAAAUUCAAAGAUCUCCAAAUUGGUAGGCCCCUAUCGAUUAGUACUAAUAUGCAAUUUCCCCUAUUUUUGUUCAAAAAGUUCUCAUAUAAAUCUUUAUUAUGUAUUUUGUAUACAAAAUACAGUAUACUGUAAGGGUUUUAGGUGACGUAAUAGCCGAAGAUAUUACCGCUCUGUGGCCUCAUCCUCGUUUUCGGACCAGCAGAAUGGAUGGGUAUGCCGUUAAAUGUAAGAAAAUCGACAUAUACUACUGCUUCUACUAGUGUCUCAUAUCAUAAAAAAUAUUGUUUUUUCUAAUAUUUCCAGCCUCCGAUUCGACCGGUCAAUUCCAAGUUCUCGGUGGAAUAAUCGCCGGCCAGUCCGCCAGGUCUCUAAAAAUUCCCCCAAAACAUUGUUUUCGGAUAAAUACGGGCGGAAUUGUCCCGGAUGACGCUGAUUCAGUGGUCCCAGUUGAGUAUACAAAGCUCAUUUCUCACAAUGUAAGUGUAAAAUACGACAUCACAAGGUUCAAUGUAAUCUUUUAGGAAUCCGAGGAGCUGACAAUUGAGAUUUCGUUGGAAACAAAACCAGGGCAAAACAUUCGGUAGGUGAUGAUAAUUUGAGGUCAAAAGGGGAGAAAUUGAACUUGAGAAAUUUUAUUCUAAAAAAUUUUGAAAAAUCAUCAAAAAAUAAAAAUUUUUAGUGAAGUCGGAAGUGACAUCAAGCAACAUGAAGUCCUCAUAGACAAAUCUACAGUCCUCACAGCGCCAGAAAUAGCACUGCUGGCCGCCAAUAAUUACUCCAAAAUAAAAAUUUUCCGUCGCCCAAUUGUGGCGGUGAUCUCAACUGGCGAUGAGUUGGUCGACAUAAAUGACAUUGCGGAGUUGAAAGAAGGCCAGAUCAUUGAUUCAAACCGACCCAUGUUAAUUGAGCUGAUCCGAUCUCAGGGAUUUGAUUGUGUUGAUGGAGGGAUUGUCAGGGAUGAGUAAGUGGUACUGUUAAAUCAAAGUAAUAUUUUUUUUUAAAUUAAAUUUCAAUUUCAAAAAAGAGUUUUCAGAAGAGAAUUGCUCGUAGAACAUAUCAAAAAAAUUGCCGAGAAGUCGGAUGUCCUCGUGUUUUCUGGCGGCGUCUCAAUGGGGGAUAAGGCAAGUGUAAUUUUAAAAUUACCAUGAAUAUAAUUUUCCCGGAAAUCUCAAAAGUUUUUCUUUAUUUUGGGACCUUACAACGUAUAAUAAGGCCAAUUCUAGUUUUAUUUCCUUGUUUCAGGACCUUCUAAAGCCGAUUCUGCUGCAGGAUCUCGAUUUUGACAUCAAAUUCGGUCGCGUUUUCAUGAAGCCCGGUCUCCCGAACACUUUUGCCUCAGGCACUCUUCAUAAUCGUCCCAAAUUCGUCUUCGGAUUGCCUGGAAAUCCAGUGAGUGCCUACGUCUCCUCCCAUCUGUUUUUAUUCCCAUUCCUUCGACGGAAAUCAGGCCAAAUCUCGGCCGAAUUCGCUCCGAAGAUCUCGGUUUUCCUCGGAUGCGAUAUCAAGUUGGACAGAAGACCGGAGUAUGUGAGGGCGGUGAUGAGAGUGGAGGAGGGAGAGUGCUGGGCGGAGGUGCUGACGACCAAUCAAGUGUCCUCGAGGCUGCUGAGUGUGGCCAAAGCCAACCUUUUGUUGGAAUUACCGGCCUUUUCGGAGCAGCGACAGCAAUUCCGGAGGGGAGAAAAGGUCAAGGCGCUGGUCAUUGGGCCUAUGAAUGUUCACUAA